AUGGACUUUGACCAAGACAAUUGGGACCCGAGCCCUCGCGACACAGUGCCCAAGAUUGCCAAGGAAUAUGAGUAUGAUCAGUUAUUUGAAUGGGUCAAGAAUCCCGAAUCACUCAAUGUAACGGCCAUAAAGGAGAACUAUGAUGACAAGAGAAUGGCCAAGAUAGGACAGGCACUCAAACAUUUCUAUAUAGAGUCCAAUGAUGAGUUGUGCUACAAACCCAAAGGCAAGAAGAAGUAA